AUGCUCGACAUCUUGUCGUCGCCGCUCAGGGGGUACUUGGCGCAGACGCUGCAGUACUACCUGUCCAAGUACCUCAAGGACAUUCACCUGGAAGGUCUGGGGUUCUUCGGAAACGACCUCAUCCUCAACGACCUCGAAAUCAAGCGGCAUGUGCUCCAAACUGCGCUCGAUAUUCCGUCCUCGUUCGACUUUUCGCGCGGCUUCAUUCGAGAGCUGCGCAUCCACAUACCAUGGACACAGAUUCUGUCGCAGCCCAUCGAAGUCAAGCUGUACACGGUCGAGUUGAUCUUGACGGCGAAAAACGACCAUGAUCCAAGCAUACGACGACGACGGCACAGCAAUGGAUCGGAAUGCAGCAGUGUCACACUCAACACCCAAACGUCCAGGCAGCCCACGGACGCCGACCCUCCCAUCGACCCCCCCAAAUCCACGUGGUUGCAGAGCAUGCUGACUAAGAUUCUCGCAAACAUCUCCAUCCAGAUUAACAAUCUCGUUCUCAAGUACGAGCAAGACGACAUUGUGCUUUCUUUGACGCUGGGGCUGCUAGACAUCUACUCUGCCAACGACAAACAAGCAUGGGCGCGCGGGUUUGACGAGCCCAACGGACCGGACAAGAGAAUUGCCAAGCGCAUGGACGCCAGAGACAUUUCCAUCUUCUUGGAUCGGUAUACGAGCGAUCGUUUAUUCGUCGACACCGACUCGGAUAUUAUCCACCGCCAAGUCAUUGGCUAUGAAGUACCCGUGCUUCGGCGCACAAGCUUCGGUGUGCGAGUCCAUUACGCGCUUGAACCCACGCCGUCCGUCCUUCCCGCUCAUCCCAACGGUUCAUCGUACAUGCCAAGCCCACUCCGCGAUCCCUUUCACGGGUAUCUGUUGCACCAACGGCCGUCGGUCGUUCUGGCGGAAUUUUUCGUCAACGAGCUGAAUUUCUCGCUCAGCGACCGCCAGGUUCAAAUGCUCGUGCAUGUCACGGCACGACAGCGUCAUGCUAAACCAGUCACUAAACCGAUCCCGUUUAUGAACCGAGCGCAUUCCUCACCGCUUCCCAACGCGGCGCCGUUGAAGGCGAAUGACGUGCCAUCAAUCAACGACGACAGUUCUCCUGCUUCUCUUUCUCAAACCGCCGACAAGUUGGACGCAUCAAGUCCGAGUUCCGACCACACAUCCCAUGGCAAGCCGACAACAUCGUGGUCGUCGUGGGCCAUCGGCAUGCUUGUAGGAGAACCUGACGAUCUGGAAGCGGAGCUGUUGAAGGAUAUUCAAGCCACGAGCGGUUCGUCUUCGAAGGCCCCGACGGGGAGUGUGGCCGCACAAAAUCCAGCAGAGGCCACGGAUGCGGACGACCGUCAAAGCGAUGACGUCGAGGGCAAUUCGUUCGUAUCGAGCUUGCACGCUGUGACGAUUCGCGUCUCGAUUCAACAUACCUCACUGACGUUGCGAUGCCAUGCUCCGAACGAUUCGUCGUCCGACCCGUCCGCGUUUUCGUUUUCAUCGUCCCCUACGACUCCAAUCGAUCAAGUCGAGUUCGUGCCAGUCGCCAACAUGGGCCUCGUCCAAGUCGCGUCGUUCUCGCCGGCCCACACCAAGACCAAAAUUUCCAAAGCCGCCGAGCCCGUUGCCAUCAUCAACUUGACUGGCACGCUUGUUUCGUGGGCCAUGGAUGACUCGCUCGUCAAGGAGCUCGUGGUCGAGGUCGAGAACGUCGUGGGCCAGCAUAUCGUCGCUCCUCGUGCCGAUCCGGCCUUGACAACACUUGCUUCCACCACCACCACGCCCGUCCAUGAAGAAUUCCUCCGAAUGGGGACGUUUCACAGCACGGGCCAGCGGUCGAGUGUUCACCCCAAUGUCGACCAGUCUUUGUUUGCACUCGAGUUGCACAACGAUGCGACGUGGAACCCUCUAUUGCAGCACGUGCGCCACCUGCUAUGGGACCCAGAGACCCAAACUCACGUGUACGAGUACUCGGCCCUUCCGUCCACGCCGUUGUCAACGAAAAUUGCGGCGCCAGGCGGCGCGAACGUUGCGCUUGCGUCGCCGUUUGGGGUUCCUCAAGUUGCAUGGCCACCGCCCAUGUGCACUUGUACCUCUCGCCACAAAAUCGAGUCCAUUGAAGCGUUUUGGAGCGAUGCCAUGGCAUUGCUACGCCAAAACGUACUCUCUUCCGGCAACGCAACGAACCAACGCGCCACUUUGAUCGAUGCCAUUUCGCAGCUGAUGCUGAAGCAGUACGCACCGUCGUCGGCUACGACACUGCAGCGCCUCGUUGAAGACCUCGUGAAUACUUUCCAGCAAGCCGUCACGGUGUCGAACGGCCUGUACGUAGCAAGGCGCCGACGCAGCAAGGAUGCGGCGGAAUUGCCUGAUGUAACGCCAACCAACGAACACCUCCAACGCUUGCUCCUGCCAUCCCUUGUGGCGCUGUCAGCUCACCUUGUCGGCCACUCGUGCCGCCGUCGAGCUGCCACCAGUGCCUUUCGCCUUCACAUGGUGGAGUCGGAGGAAAAUCGUGUUGGCGGUGUUGCUGGUCCGUCGCCGUUUGCUUCCACGGUCGUGGACAUGACCGUUGGCGUCGUGCACGGUGCCCUGGCCUUGGGACCGAUUCGCACAGCCGUCGAUUUCGUCCAGCGCAUCGAGUUUCCACCACCUCCAGGUGCUUCCAACAAUUUUGCAGCGGACGGUGGACACGCUUCAGGUGACUACCGCUUUCACUGGCUGGUUUACGUCGAUCGAGUCGUCGUGCAGUGUGUUUUGGACAAAGUUGCGUUGAAGUUUGCUUUGAGCAAUGCCUGGAUGCAAACGUCGCACGAGCAACACCAGUACCCAGAUCACCUUUCGACCCACCACCCACCACGUCGGGCACUCUCAACAUCGAGUGGAAUGACGUUCGUGGAAGAUGCAUGUGUCCACGUAAACGGCACGGCACUCGUUCGUGUGCACCACGCGAACACGGCCUGUUCCUACUGGCACAACGACGCCGCUUUGUGGACCGAUGCCAACAACUGGAAAAGCAAUGGCGUCGACAUUGAAGCAAGUGUCGAAGCCAUCACAUGCGAGUGGAAUCGCCAAGCCGGCGUCGACGUGUUUGUGCAUGUACUGCCGUCAUUUGCAAACGUGGUGCACGUGCCCAUGACGCGGCAGUGGACAACGCAUUUGGAUGGAUUUUAUACCGACCUCGCGGCACACCAACAACGCGACGCGUUGUUUCAAGGCACGGUGGCCGGUGUGUGUGGUCGCGUUCGAAUGGCGGAAGCGAAUCCAAACGAUCGCGACGCCACUCGGACAGGCAUCGAAACAUCGUGCGCGGUGGAUGUGUCUUCCGUCACUUGCCACCGCGCAGGACGUGACGUUUUCACGACAAGUGCACCGGACCGAUCGCAGCAAGUGUCCGAGCGCCGUCCAUGGGCCCAUGUGGACCUUACCGCGUGGGCUUUUCCACCAAACGUCCCAACGACCACCACGUCUUGGUCGUCUCUCGAAAGGGCACGUGUGUUUCGGCAUCUUUUCGAGUCGUGUGGCCCUCCAUCGAUUCUAUCUUCGAUUUGGGCUCAUCAUGAACCAAGCAACAACUCCUCGAAACGUGAACGGAUGCAAUUGGAAUGCAGCUGCAAUUUUCACAUGGGCACAUUUACAGUCGACUGGCGGCAUGUCGUUGCGCUUCUUGAUGCUAUUCCGCCAUGGAGCCCGGCUCGUUCUCGUGGCGUUGGCAGGGCCUCAACGUCGGACCAGCAAACCCAAAGCACACCUGUCGACAACUCAAUGCCCCACAACCAACCCGUCUGGUUCGACCAAGUUGACGGGUGGACGUGCAAGGUUAGCGCGCGGGCCGACGCGUCGACGUGGACUCUGUCACGGCAUGUUAUCAUGACGCUGCCCCAUGUGACUCUUCACACAAUCGAGUCCAUGCCACGACGCCACCACACCAACAUCGUUGGCUCGAUCGCGCUUGGACUUGCUGUGUCGGAGUGGGGCGUCAAGUGUAACCACAGCCGUGUGGUGUGGAGUGAUGGCAUGAAGGCAACUCUGUCUAUCGGCCACUCCAAGCACGUUUCCUUCCAACGCGAGAACGCCCGUCCCUACGACGCCAUCGACCUCGACGUCUCGGUUGCGUUUGAAAAACUGACGGGUGCAUUAUCUCCGCUACAUGUGGUUCUACUAGCGUCGAUGCCAACGGCUCGACCAACGCCGCCCGCGUUGGACCAAGCACGCCACUACUGCGUCCCAUCAAACUCUCUCGAAACCACCUCAACACCUCCGUCGAUUCCUUUUGCCGCCGCCAUUGCGUGGUGCGUCAAGGGCGGCGUUCAAGUCCAAGAAGUGGACAUUCAACUCGUUUUUCCUUCUAAUCUCAUUCAACUUGCAGCGAGAAACAUGUCGACGGCAUUACGGGCGAGCAACUACUCCCCGCUUCACCCCGUGGCCCCGUCCACCUCGCUCUUCAUCGACUCGCAGUUCUUGCUGCAUGACUUGUCCAUCCUGGAGGACCGCACGUUGCGUUGCCGCGUGAGUCCGUUGUUCCAUGACCUGCCAUCGUCGUCGCUGUUUGGCAUUUUGCUGUGUUUGGACCCGGUCGAUGUCCACACUUUUGCAACUGCGGCUGGAAUCGACCAUCUCCCGCCAGAUAUGGCUACCAUGGAGCAGGAUGCACUGCUGCGGUGGCAGUACACGACUCACCUCGCUCGGCAAUGCAUCGCGGCCACAACGCCACGACCUCGAUGCCGCGUCAAGCUGCCCUUGAUGUGCACGGCGCGCUCGUUCACACCAACGUUGAGCUACGAAGAGUCUGUGUUUUUGUCGCUUUUCAUGCGAAAUUACGGCGGAAGUGGCAUCGCCGCCUCGACGGCAACGUCCCCAGCCACGAUGUAUCUCACGGGACACAUGGAAAGCGUCGAUGUGGUUGUCACGGCGCAUUCGUUGCGGUCGAUUGUUGAUCUCGUGGAUACAAUCGACCGGACAAAGUCGAGUUGCGCGAGCAACUCCAGCGUCGUUCGACCAACUGCACCGCCAUCAACGGGCCAUGACAACACUACGGCGAGCUUGCCAUGCAUUGCAUUUCAAACGGAUGCCAUUCGACUGAUUCUGCCCAUGGAAACGAUGGUGUGCGUCGACAACUUGCAUGUGGAAUCUUUCCCAGGCCACGACCACCUGUCCAUGGAAGGCCUGAGCUCGCCACCGUUCACGCCACUGCAAAAGAAACCGAGGCAUCUCACGCCAAUGUAUCGACCGCGCUUGUCGCCAACGUCCGAGCUACCCAUUCAAUCCUUGCAAACUCGUCUGCAAAACGUGUAUGUGGCAAACGUGACGUGGAAACCAGCCACCCAAAUGGUCGAACCUGUGUCAGGAAGCCCAUUUGAAGUGUCCUUGGCUCGCGUGACUCGCCGCCACCCACCCCUCGCUUUGGCUAAAGUGACCUACAUCAUGCCCCCUAUUCAAGUGUCGGUCGACGUUGACAUGGUCAGGUCGCCUCGACUCGCCGAACCAGCAUGCUUGGAACUGUCCCUGCACGUAACAAAAGUAAUUGUCGACUUGCCUCGAAGUUGUCAAGUUCGCUCGCUCGUGAACGUCACCCAACGGUACGUGCAAGCGAUCGAGCCAAGCAAGAACCGUUCACCACACAAUGCGCGGCGCCACCGUCGCCAUGCCAAUGCGUCGAGCGCGACGCCAAGGACCAUGACCCUGGGAUGCCGAUUUGUCGUGGAUGGUAUCGAGUUCCACGUUGGAACGUCCCCACGUCAAGUCGAGUCGCAAGCGACACCUACUCGUUUUGACCCGAUCGUUCAUGUUCGAGUUGGCUCCAUGUCAGCUGCCCACAGCGCAUGCACCGGUCAAGGCUCGGCGUCCGUCAAGAUCGUUGUGGUGGCGUUUCAACACUGCGAACACGAGGAAACGUUGGUCUUGGCGCCGUUCGCCGACCCAUCCGAGUGGCAAGUCGCCGUGGAAAAGUACCCCGAGACAAGUCUAUCUGCCACAUGGACGAUGGCGGCCGUGUCGAACGUGUGGGAGUUGUCCGCACUGGUCGAACUCCAGGGCCAGCAGUGUCAUUUGUCUAGCUCGUUCAUCGAAGCGACUCGGCACUUGCUUUCGACAACACUGUCACGUGGUCAACUUCGGUUUGCUGACCGAACGGCACAAACCAACCAAAUGGCUGGUGUGCGCACAGCUGUACCCAUCGCCGGCGUCCCCGUUCAGAUGGGCAAGGUCAAAUUGUUGUGGUCCCCAAGCGCCGCCACGUAUUCGUCAAACGAGUCCAAGUCGGCGAGUGCCUCAGCCGUCAUGACGUUUGGCCCAGUCUUUGCUAGCCUGCACAUGGGCUACAAUGCGACCGAGAUGCACCAAGUACAAAGAGACCGGCCACGGUCCGUUUUGCACCAAUACAUGCCGCUGACCGUCGUCGAAGGCAUGGGUACCGUUCAAGGGAUUCGCUUGGCAGUGGCGACCUUCCUCCAAGCUCCAACAAGCGCCACGGCACCGUCGACACUGUCGAUGUCGUCGCAAUCGUCGUGGACGACGUUUGAAUCUCGCGUGACAUUGCCUGACCCGUCUUCUGUCCUGCUCCAGGAUUUUCAAGUGCGAGGGGCGGCGACUGUGCAUCACGUUGUUGCUCUCGAGUCGAGUGGCAAGCGCCUGUGCAGCGGCAAUGACUUUGUAAUCGACGUUCAAGUGGAGAGUACACCGAUCGACGGCGCCAUUUGCUUUGAAUCGUGGACGCUGCUCGAUGGCGUUGUGGCCGACCUAGGACGCGUGCUUGCACCAACCGAGAAUCCCAUUUCAAUUCACGAGGCCGAUGCCAACGCGACUUGUGGUCCCUCGACACGGGAGGCCACCCCGACGACCGACGACGAUGUCGACUUGGACGCGCCUCCAUCGUCGUCGCCCCCUACGCUCAACGACUUUGUCGAGCUCGACUUGUGCUCAGACUCGUCGCGCGAGCACCCUGUGCCUGGCGAACUGUUGCAUAUCACGAGUCCAACGCUUGUGGCGGGUAGCUCCCACCCAUUCCAAGUUGCUGCCACCAUGCGCUUGACGGCGGCAACUCUACAAGACGAUAUCGACAGGCUAGUCCACCACGUGAACGAUCCUUGGCUUUCUCGGACGGAUGACGUGGAAGAAGAAGGCGGCGCGACGACGAUCGGUCGCUUGCGGUGGGCAUACCACCUCCCCAGGCGUGUGUGCCGCCUGGUGGCGUCUCCGUUGCCGUUGUCCGACGUCGUCGUGCACGAGCAAUGGCCGCGCCUGCAAUUGUCGGACCGCGUCACUCGCCUCUGCGACGUCUGGUGCGACCUGCGCUGUUGGUCCACGGCCGACAGCACGUUUGUGUCGGUGGGUUCGUUCUUCGUUCCGUGGGAACGUCAGCGCAGCGAUGCCGAACCGACUUCAUUUGCGUCGGCAUUGCGAAGUUGGGUCGAGCUGACUCCAUCCGACGACGAAAGGGAAUUGGAACGACAGCUUCGAUGGACGUAUGUCGCGCGGGAAUACCAUCCAGUGCACGUCCGAAGCGCGCAGCAGUGGGAGCUGCGGUGGUGCCUUCCCGGGGCGGCACACCCGUCGACGUCGCCAUCUCUUGACCACAUUCGACUGUCCAAGUCCAUUGGCGACCGCUUGGCAUGCUCUCUUCGAGUCAGCUCGUACUCGGACCCCGAAGACUUGACGGGGUAUUCUGUUUCGUGUGCAAUACCACAUGUGCAGUUGAUGCUGCGCCGUGGCCAAGGCGAGCUACACGAUGUCGCGCGGCUGAAGUGCACCGACCUUGCGGUCGGCCUCCACAGUGCGCUCUCUUCAUUUCGUGUCACGGGGGCUGUCACGGGCGAGCUCCAAAACAUGGUCACACUGUCGUCCAUCCCAGUGCUGCCUCCCGUGCAUGUUGCGAUCGGGGGGUGGUCCGCGAUGGACCGCCACCACGAGGCCGAGAACGCUUGCGAUCCGUCGGACCAACGCAUGACGGUAUUGCGCAUGACCAAACCGAUCAAGGUGUCUCGAAUCCGCAUGUCUGCAAGCCCUGUGCGCCUGCAACUAACACCGUAUGCAGUCAAGUGCUUGAUGGAGUGGCCGACGUUGGUUUCGGAAACCCCGCACGACUUGACAGACAUGCGGAUCCUUGUCACGAACGGCACGAGCGAGGUCGUGCGCUACCGGCAAGUUUCAACGCGGGAGCUGCGUGCGUUGGCGCCGCACGCGGCGGUGGUGUAUAGCUGGCAGUCGAUCCACGCGCCAUUGCAACUUCAGUUUGCCGUCUCCGGCAACCACUGGUGCUCUGGGUGCGACCUGAGCCAACCUGGCGUCAUGCAUCGCGAAUGCCCCGUGCAUGGGUCGUUCUGGGUCGAAGUGUCCGUGGACGGGAUUCAAAUCCAGGUCACGUUGCGAGGGUCCGUCAUGCUGCACAACUUUACAGCCCAAACGCUUCUGUGCAAACUGACCAUCCCCAACAAACACAACGACGUGGUGGCCAGUGCAGCCCCAUGCGGUGCGACCGCCUCGAUACGACAGGACUGCUCGUGCACUGUGGUGCCGUUUAUGGCCCGCAGCCAAGCCAGGCUUUGUCUUGGCUUGGAUCCGAGUAAGGACGGAACGGAAGAUGUCGCAUGGAGUGUGUCGCUGGAUCUCGUUCCAGCCGUGAAUCGCUUGGAAUCGGCACCGACAACGAGUGCGCCAACAACGCGCGCCACUUUAGUGUCGGUGUCGCAUCCCGCUUCGCCGCGGACGUUCCAUGCGUGGGUCGUGGUGACUCGAGCAGUGUCUCCUGUGCUGCAACGUAGCGAUAUCCAUCGAGUCGCGCUUCGGUACACGUGGGUACAAGUGUGUGUGUGGCCAAUUUUGCACGUGUCAAGCUCGUUGUCGAUUGCGUUGCAGGUCGAUGUCGUCGACAAGUCGGCCAGAACCGUGUUGUCCGAGGUCUUGGCGCCGUCCCGGCACUGGGCAUUGACCGAAUACAAUCCACGCCAGCAGCACACGCUCGUGUUUGCAUCUCCAAGCGCGUCGGGCGUCGACAACGCUAGCAAGAAAAGUCCACUGCUUCAUUUCGACAUCCCCCGCUUCGUGUCGGUGGAGGACGCCACCGACAUGCCGUCGUACCCGUCCGCCGCCAUUCAAAUGGACAUACCAAAUCAUGGAUUCGUCACUGUCACUCGGCACGCACCUGGCAUCCCGAUGCGAUGCAUUGCGCUGUGCCCGCGAUUUCGAGUGCGAAACGAUCUGCCGAUUCCGAUGGUGCUGCGUUUCGCUGGCAGCGACGACGACGCGUCGUCACCCCACGUGCACAUUCCAGCAGGCUCCGACCACGAUACUGGCUGGCCGUCCUUUUUUGUUGGCGUCGAGCCGUACGACACGUUGGUCUGGUCAACCACAACAGUGACGAUGCACGUGCUCGACGCCCCCACCGCCAUGGUGUGGUCGUUUAAAGCGGCUCACGACCAGCCGUACGUCGUCCGCGGUGUCGUGAUCAAAUACGCGACCGCCAGCGCAUGUGAGACUGUCCGCAUCACGAUAGCGCCCGUUGCUGUCGUCUGCAACGCCACGGACUGGCCGCUGUGCAUCAAGCCAACGAGUUGUGCCAUGGACACGUUGACGCCGACACUCGCCUUGCGACCGCAAGCGCCGUGGUGGGUUUGGGAAGCGGACGAGUCGCACGCGCCAUCUGACGCGACACUACGGAGUAAACGCAGUAGUUUGACGUGGAUACACCAACGCCUGAGCAGCACCAGCUUGGACGGCCACAGCGGUGUCCCGACUGGACACGGGCCGUCGAUUCUUCUGUCGAUCGCAGAAGAAACGUCCGAGUACGGCUGGUCGGAAAUGAUUUCAAUCCAUGCUACGAUGCCUCUGCGCCACCGCGUGGUGCUCCCCCACCACCAGCAUCAUAGCCGCCUCGCGACCAUCCACAAGAUAUCCCAGGACAGCCACACAACGCUCGUGCUUGUCGCCCACGAUCCACAGCCACCCGUUUUAUUCAUCAACUAUGUCGACCGCGCGUUUGGAUUCGCCACAGAGCAGACUCCUGUCAUGGUGCCGGCGCGUGGAACGAUGGAGUUUGACUGGACCAUCCAAACGGGUUCGGUCGAUGCCACUGCAAAAAGCGUGUUUGAUACCAUGCACGAACAGCCACCUCCGGUUCGAUUUCGACUGUGCGAUCCUGGAACGCCGGGCGCGGGGUGGUCCAACGUGGUCUGGAUGGCAGAAGGCAUCCAGUUUGCCAAAAUCGCAGCCCCCGACGGCAACGCGGUCGUCCUCUUGCUCACCAUAUACAAGCGAGCUGGGACGUGGGUCGUCCGCGUGGAGUGUGUGGAAGGACCGUAUUCGAACCACGACCCCCACAGCCCCACCAACACACCACCACGUCCAUCCAUUCCGCAUCAUGUUCGAGUUGACGUUGUGCUCGACGAGGUCGCGGUCAGUCUACUCGACGAGCACGCCGUGACGAACUCGAUGUACUGCGAACUCUUUCGACUGUCCGCAAACACGUGCCAAGCGUCGAUGCUCAUGGCGUCCGACGUAAUCCCUGAAGCUGCCAUGCACCGCCACCACUUGGGCUACUUGGCCCAUGUUGAUACGUUUUCGACUUUCGUCGUCCGCGUCGGGACUGUCGAGUUUGUGCACUUGUUCGACGAUUGCAAUUUUCCCGUCAUCGUGGCCACGACGCCGCCGCCAUCGACAGCGCGCUCUCGUCAGCCCCUGUCGGACUCGGCCUUGGUCGCCAAGGACUUGCCGUCAGGAGCCAACAGCGUCGUGCUGCGCGUGAUUGUCGCCCAUCCACACAAACACGUGAGAUCGCUGCCGUACAUUCAAGCGAUCAACGUGGCCAUCGCACCCGUGACUAUCCAGGUGGAAGACUCGUUGCUGUCCAAGGUCAUGCUGUGGAUAGCGCCGCUGCAAUCGGCGGCAAACCCACGUCGGCGCUCGACACCGCCUGCACCAAAGCCUCAUCAGCCUCGUGCGCCCAUGCCGAAGCUAUACAUUGAGUCCCUCACGAUUCACGCGAUGGAGCUUACAAUCACUGCUCGCGCCCUCUACGGCCUGGACCGCACGCCGCUCACGCUGUCGAGUGUACACGUCACGAAUGCACUCUGCGACGCGGAUCAACUGAUCAAAGAUAUUGCGGCCAACUACGCCGCCGAUGCGUUGGUGCACAGCCCCAUGGUGCUGCUGUCCCUCAACGUGUUUGGCAAUCCAGCUGGGUUUUUCCGCGAUGUCAGCGCCGGCAUGGCCGAUCUCGUCCGCAUGCCCCUGCGAGCGAUUUCCCAAGAUGGUUACACCCCGUACAACUUGACCCGUGGCGUUGUCCACGGCACAUCGUCGUUUCUCAUGCAUGCUUCGGUCGCAGCAUUGACGUCAGUGUCGGGUGUUGCGAUGGCCAUCUCGAACUCGAUGGACCACUUGGCGUUAGCCCAUCAGCCACGUGCUCAAGUAAUACCGACAACGUUUGCGUCGGGGCUGUCAGGGGGACUGGCUUCACUCGGGAGCGCCGUGGUUGGAGCGGCCACGGGCGUCGUCACAACGCCGCUGGCACUUUAUCGUGACAAUGAAGCGAGGGGCCAAGACACUGGACUGGGUGGGGGCCUCGUCGGUGUCGGCAAAGGUCUGGUCGGGAUCGUGGCCCAACCGAUGAGUGGCGUCGCGUCGCUGGUAUCGAUGACGUCGCAGGGGUUGCUCGUCGAACUCGGAUUCGGGCCGGUGCGUCCCACACCGUUGCAAGUCGCCAUGACGAGAAACGAAGCCCUCCACGUGCGAUGGAAGGUCCUGUCCGAGUGGCACGUCACUGGCGACAUCCAGUACGCGCGCGCGUUGUUUUUAGACGACGAAGCUGCUGCGGUCCCGUCGCCACCGGCCAGUGAGUUGGACCCUCAAGCACUGGCAUGGUUACUUCCCCGCGAUCGAGUGCCCGGCGCGUCGCCAAUUUGUGUCGUUUUCCUCGUGAUAACGACCACGCACGUGUUUAUUGUGGACGAGGCCGAGAUGAUCCGUCAGCACAUUGCCCUCGCCCAAGUGUCUGCCAUGGAACAAAACGUCAUGGAGCCGACAAAGCUGGAUCUCGGCGUCGGGUUGCCGGCGCUCAAGCUCCAGUGGUAUCGCUUCCGCCUGGCGGCACUGGAUCGCCGCCGUCUCGCGCGGGUUGUUGCUGGGUUGAAGAAGUGGUAAGAGUUGAACAUGGCUAUGUGUGUUUCCACAUGCCA